AUGGACGACAGGUACUUUGACACGCCCAAGGCCGCACUGGCCUCACCAGACCAGGGGCAUGAGCCCAAGAAAGAGAGGGUUUUUGCGGCCAUUUUGCUAGGCCAGCUCCUUUCCUUCCUGCUGGCUUUGUCUGGCACGAUAUCCUCACUGCUGGUCACCAAGGGCGUCUCACUGCCAGCCACACAGACAGUGCCGAACUACGCCCUACUGUCUCUAGUGUAUGGCACAGCUUUGCUGGCCAAGCGCGUCCGACCUGUCAACGCAUGGACGAGCUAUGCAGCGGUUUCACUGCUCGAUGUUGAGGGAAACUUUCUGGUGGUGUUGGCAUUCAGAUACACCUUCCUGACCAGCGUUCAGCUGCUCAACUCCUUCACAGUCCCCUGCGUCUUCAUCCUGUCGUGGGCAUUCCUUCGCGCGCGCUACCGGCCGCUGCACUGCUUUGGCGCGGCGCUGUGCCUCGGCUCGCUGGCGUUGCUAGUGCUCACAGAUGUGAGCGCGCCAAAAUCGGAUCAGCAGCAGCCGCUCGCUGGAGACUGCCUCGUGCUGCUGGGCGCGCUUGCGUACGCGGCGUGCAACGUCGCCCAGGAAAAGCUGCUGCGCAAAAGCACCGUCAUUGAGGUGCUGGCGCUCAUGGGUACAUUUGGGUUCCUAUGGAGCAGCAUCCAGGCAGCUGCGUUUGAGGGCAAGCAACUGCGCACGAUGACCUGGACUCCCGAGGUGAUCGGGCUGCUGGCGGGCUACACCGGAGCGCUGUUUGCAUUCUACUCCCUGGUGCCCAGCGUCCUGAACUGGAGCGGGGCAGCCAUCCUGAACCUGUCCCUGCUGUCUUCCAAUCUGUGGGCUGCCCUUGCACGCAGCGUCCUGCUCGGGGGCUUCCCUCAGAGCUCGGCGGUGCCAUUUGCGGCGGCUCUGGCACUGGUGGCGGCCGGCCUGGCCAUGUACGCAUGCGGCGGCUCUGUGUACGCGCCUGCAACCUCGGAGGACUGCUACCGGGUGAUCAGGUGCAGCAAUCUGGAGGACCCGGGUGACACGCCGCGCAAGGGGCCUCUGCUGGGGCAGAAAGAUAUCUCGAAAUUUCAAACGUCUGCGACGGCGUUGGGCAGUACCCCCAGCACACCUAGCAGCAGCGCCGUCCAGCUGGCGGGGGGAUCCGGGGGGGACCUCGAGGCGCCCAUACCCGGCGUUGCCUCCUCCGACCGGGGGACCCCACAAGGGGUGUCAAGAGGCGGCGGCCGGGUGAGCUUCUCGUCGCUGCUGCGGGGGUUGAAAAUGGGGUCGCCCAGGGGAGGGAAUGCGGAGGCAAGGGUGUCUAGCGCCGAUGUGGAGGCGGCUCGGCUCCCACCGGGGCCCUCGCUGAGUGGCGAGCAAGCAUUUAGAAUAUGGUCUCUGCCCAAUGAAGGCGCUAUCACCACCGAUCCAUAUACCAAGGUCGGCGGCUCAGUAGAGCGGAAUGAGAGCAAGCCGCCAGUCCGGCCAAGCUGA